AUGCACGGCCAACAAGUUCAAGGGCAGCGGCAAGCGGGAGGAGCCCAGGGCCAGCUCGCGAAGCCGACCAAGCCCUCCAGCUUCUUCGACUUCUUCGACUUCGACUCUAACCAGGCUGCGAGCAGCAGCGGCGCGGACGCCGAGGACGACCCCGGGGUGUACGUGACCAACGACAAGGACAUCGCGAUCGCGUUCGCGAACAACAACGCGUGCCUCCCGGAGGCCCUCGUCGGCGACUCGGCUAUGGCGUCCGUCAAGGCCACGAAGGAGACCUCGCGCAUGCUCUACCUCAAGCAGGUCGUCCCAGUCUGGGUGCACUCGUCGGCCAUGGAGCUCGUUCUUUUCCCGGGUGAAGCCCCAGUGCGCUCGCUCACCGCGACUACCUCAUGGGUCUGA